CGAUAUAUAUUGUCGUUUUUAAAGCGAAAAACAUUAAAUAAAACGCAAUUUGAUGGUCACAGAAAACAUCACCUGCUCUCGGAUAUAAUGACAUGUAAAUGGAAAGGGUAAAUAAACAAAUUAUUUGUUUGUAAAAGCCGCGCAAACAAAGAGAGGCUUGAAAUCUCUUUGUGUAUGCGAGUGCGGGUGCUUGUGUGCGUGUGCAGGUACGUCAGUGUGUGGGUGGGCAGAACAAUAACAAGCCCAAAAAUGCCAAUGGACAUGGAAUUUAAUGGGGCAGGACCAAUAGCAUUCCAGCUGCGGCGAUGAAUCACAGCAGAAGCAGAAACCGUGCCUUAUAAACGAACGAAAAGCAAUAACCCCCAAAGAUGCCGCUGCUGAGCAAAUGCUUUCCUUGCUUUAAAUUCAAGCAUGAGGAGGUGAUUGACAAGCUGGACUAUAGCAAUACUCCGCUCUCCACCGACUUUCCCGAAGUUUGGCAGCACGAACGGACGCUGGAAGAGCUUUACUUAAGCACCACCAGAUUGCAGACACUGCCUCCGCAAUUGUUUUAUUGCCAGGGAUUGAGGGUGCUCCACGUGAACAGCAAUAAUUUGGAGAGCAUUCCCCAGGCCAUCGGCAGUCUGCGCCAGCUGCAGCAUUUGGACCUCAAUCGGAAUCUUAUUGUUACUGUGCCCGAUGAGAUCAAGUCGUGCAAACACUUAACCCACCUGGAUCUAAGCUGCAAUAGCCUUCAACGUCUUCCCGAUGCCAUUACCUCGCUUAUAUCCCUGCAGGAGCUCCUGUUGAACGAAACCUACUUGGAGUUUCUACCGGCCAAUUUCGGCCGCCUGGUCAAUUUACGCAUUCUUGAGCUGCGACUCAACAAUCUUAUUACGCUGCCCAAGUCCAUGGUGCGGUUGGUGAACCUACAGCGUUUGGAUAUUGGAGGCAAUGAAUUUACAGAGCUGCCUGAAGUCGUCGGGGAGCUUAAAUCGCUGCGUGAACUCUGGAUCGAUUUCAAUCAGAUACGCCGGGUUUCCGCCAACAUUGGCAAGCUGCGUGAGUUGCAGCAUUUUGAAGCCAAUGGCAAUCUGCUGGACACGCUACCUAACGAGCUGAGCAACUGGCGCAACGUUGAAGUGCUGUCCAUCUGCUCCAACAACCUGGAAGCCUUUCCCUUCAGCGUGGGCAUGCUAAAGUCGCUAGUUACGUUCAAGUGUGAGUCCAACGGACUUACCGAACUACCGGACAGUAUAAGUUAUCUGGAGCAGCUGGAGGAGCUGGUGCUAAGCCACAAUAAGCUAAUUCGCUUGCCCAGCACAAUUGGAAUGCUGCGCAGUCUGCGAUUCCUCUUUGCCGAUGACAAUCAGCUUCGUCAAUUGCCCGAUGAACUGUGUAGCUGCCAGCAGCUAAGCGUGUUGAGCGUGGCCAGCAAUCAGUUGUCCGCCCUGCCGCAGAAUAUAGGAAACCUUGCCAAGCUGAGGGUCCUCAAUGUGGUUAACAAUUACAUAAAUGCCUUGCCGGUUUCGAUGCUAAACCUGGUGAAUCUAACGUCGUUGUGGCUGAGCGACAACCAGUCGCAGCCAUUGGUUCCCCUGCAGUAUCUGGAUGCGAGUACAAAGACGCAGUUAACAUGCUUUAUGCUGCCUCAGGUGACUUUCAAGAUGAACAGCAUGCAGGCGCAGCAGCAAGCCCAGGAGCAGUACGAAUUCGUGUACGCUAAUCAACAGCAGCCUUCGCACGUGAGUCCCUCGAGGAGGAUUUGCUUUGCUGAGGAGGCCACCAUUCUCAGCAACGCCAAAGCGCAGCCGGCACCCAGCUAUCCCAGUUAUGUAGCCGCUCCACCGACUCCAACUCCGGAGCAGAUAGCUGGAUCCGUACGAUUGAUGCGGUCGCCCACUCCAUAUCCCAAGGAGCUCCGCCAGAUGGCCAAGUACGUGAGGCAGGCCCAGGCUGCGACCACUUCCGCGAAUGCCAGCGAGGUGAGGGAAGCCCGCGUGGUGGCCAACGGUGGCCCAGUUCACUGUGAUAGCAGCAAUGCCAACCAGGAUGUUGUGGACCAGGCCACAGCAAGUGCAAUAUACGGCAUCGCUCCAGAGACGACACACAUUUACGGAGUCUAUCAGCCGCCGCAACAACUGACUCAUCCCGCAGCACCGCAAGAGUACUACGGUAUGCCUUUGGUGAAUUAUGAGGCGCAGUACCAACAGCUCUACGUGGAGGCCGGCACACCGUUGCCCACCACGCAUUUGAAUGGCGACCAGGACUAUGAACUGCAGCCGUUGCAGCAGCAGCAACAACCUAUGCCGCAACAACAGUUUGCCGGACCUCCACCCCGACUAGAGCCGCCUCCAUAUCAUAUAGCUCGCGUAUACACGAAGAAAACGCCGGAGGAUCUCAACUUGUACGAGUCUAUGCGGCAACGCAAGCAGCACCAACACCAGCAGCAGCACCUCCAAGAGCAGCUAGAACAAACCAUCUACCAGGACGCUUUGAAUAGCAAUUUCAAAACUACGGCGAUUGGCGCCCAGGAAGUCGAACAAUCAGUCGACCAGCUCGACUAUCAGAACAAUGUUAGCAACCACGUUGAUGGGAAACCAGAGGAGGACGAUGAGGAGCUGGACGACACAAUGUCGCAGCACUCGAUGAACUCCACGGCCACCAACAAUACUUGCAAGAUGAGUGGCAAGAAGUCCACUUGGAUCUUUGGGGUUCACAAGAAUCCAACCGUCAAGCAAGUUACUCUCAAAUGGGAGCACACCAUUGGCUUCGAUGUAGCCGAAAUACUCAAUCAGGUUGGCAUCUUUGUCAGCUCUAUUACCCCAAAUACAAAUGCCGCCCGCCUGUUGAACCUGAACGAUAAGCUGUUGGAAAUCGAUGGCUACGACCUGACCAAUUCCAAUCUGAGCGAUGCCAAACGAGUGCUUCUUAACUGCGGCACAGUCAUGAACAUAAUGUUGUCGAGAAAAUGAUGGACCAGUUCAUAGUAACCUAGACCGAUUCCCAUCACGAGACCGAAGACUUUUUGUGCAUUUUUCUAGCCGAAAAUUUUCCAAUAAGCCUCAUAGCCCAUACCGGUCAUAAAUGUUAGUUCUUAACUCCUUCCGCACUGACGGCCAGGACGGUUAAAAGGCCAGUCAUAGAAAAAUAUUACCCAUGCUUCUCAUAGACGAAUCCGACUGCCAUUUUCACUCUAUCUAGAAUGCUAGAUGAAUUAAAUCCAUACUCUAUAGGAAAAUAUUAAAACAAUACGGCCAAAAUUAGUAGUUUUAGCCUUGGAAUCAAGUAUUCUUUUUAUUUUCGAAUCAAUUGAAGUGCAUUUAUAAUUUUAAUGAAGCGAUAUUAGUUCGAUCUUCUAGUUCUGAUUUGAUUACUCAGUAUUUAAUUGGUAGCUUAUGUACAUAGUUAAGUUAUUCGUUAAGAAAUGCAAUAUUACGUUGUGUCAAUUACGAUAAGCACACACACAAACACACGAUAAUCUGACAAAUUACCUACAACUAGCGCCUAUUUUACGCCCAGCGUUAUUCAAAUUUGUUCCCAAAAUCAUAUGUAUAGAUGAAUUACUCGAUUAAUCGAAAAAAAAAGAAGAUAUUGGCUGCUUAUGUUAGUUGUUAUGGUGCAGCAAUACAAAUUCUAUAUCUAUAUACAUACAUUCAUAAAUAUAUAUAUUUACAAAUAAGUAUACUCCAUAUUUAUUGCCCCAUUAAGUAACAUCAAUCAUUAUUUUCAAUGGCAAGCUGUUAACAAAAAUGAACGAGAACUCACACUAUUGGCGUUGUGAUCAGUAUUAUUAUUUAGCUGGUUAACACAUGGAAUCUGUAUCUGUUCGAAAGUUGAGCACUUGUAUGAAUCAUAAUGUUUAUAUAGAUAUAUCGAGAUACCAACAAUGCAUUAUUCACACACACCCAACACACUCUUACACACAACCAUUUACCAAUCUAGCUAACUUAAGCAAACGCACACAUUUUGCCAAUUCAAUUUGAUUUAAGAGCGUUACAACAAAUCACUGAAAUACAACUUUCACUUUGUCA